GGCUGCAUACUUAAAAGAAUUCUAAACAAUGACUUUCAUUGUCCUUGGGAAGCUGCUUAGUGUUAUCUCUCGACAAGCACGUUCUCGAAAGGUCUUCGAAGGCGUUCAGUUGCCUGGUUGUACUUAAGGACCGACUGUAUUGCCUAUCCGCGCAAAUAGGCGCGCGGAACUAACAAAAUCAUAUUCCACAUUGCCCAUUUUGACAUAUUCUGUAGUCGGAGUGGAGAUUCCCCUGACAGGGCGAUUAGCCACGUUCAAUAAUUUCGAGGCCAAAGUUGGCAUGGAAAUGCAGAAACUUAAUAGAAAUCUUCCAUCAUGUGUCACGACUGGAGUCAGGAAUAUACCGAAUGUAACCACACAUCUAGAAAGCUCAUCAACUGCCCUACAUACUACAAACAACAGAGCUCUGCGAAGGGAUUCCUUGGCCGCCUAUUGUACGGCAACGUCAAGAAUAAGAAACACUGCGGCCAUCUCAUCCCUCAUCAUUCAGACCCAAGACCCUUUUGCGCCGAAUGUAGUAUCAGAGUUGACCAGCUUCGGGCUAAAUACGUUGGUGAGGGCGCGAUAAAAGUCUUUCGACCGGACCUAGACAAUGACUUCCGUCGCCCCUUUAAGAAAUACCGCGAGAAACGUAGACAGGCAGCUGAAUCACCUGAACUAGAGGCUUGUGUCGAGCAUGGCAAGCACAAGUGUAGAAAUGUAACAAUGGAUACCAUACAUAGUGUAUGGGUACCUGAACUAUAUCACCAUCCAGAGAUGUUAGCGAAGAAAAAAACAUAUAGCCGAACAAGGGAGGCGGCGCUACAGACGAGUUCUUCGCCGUCGAACAAGCCGUCCGCCCCGAAAUAUUGCUCGCAUAAAACCGCCAAAAGAGAAAAAAAGCCGCGAGUGUCGCAAGUGCACGAGCGAAGCCCGAAGCAGAAGUCGAAACAUACCCAUAAGUAUACCCGUCGUGAUCCUGAAGACAAAACUUUUGUCCUAGGUCACUCACAGCUUCCCCGGGGACCAGCAAGCUCAGUACCAACGAAUCGCUACCGAAAUCGUAGGGAUGUUACCGGAAAUGGAUCACCUAUGUCACCUGCCCCAGAGCCUCCUCCUAAAUCACCGCGUCCGCGGAUAAGGUACAAUGCUGGAGGUAGUUGGCCGGAGUCAAAGCAAUACUCGAUUUCUCGCAAACCUUUGCCAUCUAUACCACGACCUAUCGAACUACUAAGGUCAGAGUUAUCCAACGAACACCGGGGCUUGCCUCAAAAUGCAGGGCAGGUUUACAGCAACAGCCCUUCAAAGCCGCCUCCUGACUCUAUACCGCUACCGGCGUAUCAAGUGUAUCUAAACGCUCUCAGGAACCCUGGUCCAGAUUUCGAGAGGAUAGAACGACUGCCUAGACCGCCGCCGAAGAAGAAAAAAUGCAGCCACAUCACGGAAGAGUUGAGGAAUUCGGGGCUGCGUAAGAUGAUGAGAAUCGCACCGUCCAGUCCAGACUCAGCUAUUAGCGAUGUCAGUUUCAUGUGCCAAGAUUCGAAGAGGUUGACCAAUGACGUGUCGGCCGCUAAUAGAAGGUGAAUCGAAUAUACCUAAUUCUAACACCAUUUGACCUCUGUACCAUCCCAUCUUCAUCUAGUAAGUUUCCAAUUAAAAGAUUCCCUAAGACUUUCGGGUUAUAUAAACACAGAUGAGUAACAUAUGGGAAUUGUUGAUAUUUGCAUACGUACAUGUAUACACCGUAAAUAAGUUGAUACCCGAUCAAAUCUAGAUCAGAUUAGUUCAAUCCAAUUUAUACAAUAUAUGAUUUCUUGGUUUGGUCGUUGUAAUAUACUGGUUCAGGUGAUUAGCCUAAGCUAGGUAUAUAUUUUGGUAUACCGCUCCUCUAACUCUAUAUACAUCUGUGUCGGAGAUGAAAGGGUAUUGGUUAAGGGGAGAGAUAGUUGAGAAUAAUUUCUCGAUCCACCUAAUUUAGCAAGAACCGCUUGCUU